AUGUCUUCCUUCUCCAACAACGCCAAUGUCCUGGGCGUCAAGGACGUCAACGUCCCCAUGACUGCCUCCGCCGUCCCAGCUGCGGGUGAUGUCAAGAAGGAUCUGGAGUACCACCGUCAGGUCCUGAAGUCCAAGAUGGAGGCCCAGGAGUACGAUACAACCCUCUAUCAACCGGCUGGCAGCUUCAGUUCUGACGCGAUGGUCUCUUCUAGGCUCGGCAACAACUACAUCUCCCCCUCGGACGAGAUCAUGUCGCCCUGCACCGCCAAGCUCAAUGCGCUGCGCAACAAGCAGGUUGGAAAGGUCAAGCCCAAGUCCCUGUUCGCCCAAGCAUCAUCUAAGAGGUUGCAAGGCCAGGAGGGCCUCUUCGGCGCCAAGGCAACCCCUCCUGCUUCCAUCUCCCAAGCCCAGGAGUAA